AUGGGGGGUUUAAACGAAAACACCAACCCAGGUUUUUACGCCGGCUACGUCGCCAGCUCGUUCACGUUCGGCCGGUUCUUGAGCGGCUACGCCUGGGGGUCCGCGACGGACAUCAUCGGAAGGAAACCGGUGAUCAUCAUUGGCCUGCUGUCGAUCACGAUAUUCUCUAUAAUCUUCGGGAUGUCCGAGACCUACGCUAUGGCCAUCAUAACGAGGUUUAUCCUCGGACUGACUAACGGCAUCAUGCCGGCUCUUCGGACAUCGUUGAGCGAGGUCUGCGGGCCCGAGCACGUCGUUCUAGGCAAGCAGCGUGCUACUAUUACAAAGGAUCUCCUGCUUUCGCGCCUUGCGAGAAGCGUCGUGCAGAACGAAAGCCAUUUCCCAACGCAAACAUUGAAUUCUCACGUGUCGGGGGCGAUCAGCAUGGUGAUCGGCACGGGGAUCGGCGGUCUACUGGUACAACCAGCGCUCCACUACCCGACCCUUUUUUCGCCCACAGGCCUUUUCGCCAGGUACCCGUUCCUGCUCCCGAAUUUGGUGGGGGCUGUGCUGUCGGUCUUCGCCCUCGUCCUCGUGAUUUUUUACCUCCCGGAGACCAAGGACUACAACAAGCGCAGGUGA